AUGCCGCCCAAGACUGGGCUCCUGAGGAGUCUCCCUCUCCCACAAUACAACAUCAUCAACACCACGAUUGAUCCCAGUUGUAUGAAUUGCCUGCAUCGCGACAGCUUCAUCUUCUUGAGCCUGCGCAGUGGUUCCAACAUAAGUGCCAAGCCGGGCGAUGCCCACCCAUCCCCAAGGAGAUGCGAGUUUAGUUCCGUUUUGAGACGGAAGGAGUAUAUCGAGAACUACCGGAUCCACUACGAGCCUGCAGAGCCAGAGGAGGACUUCGAAGAUCGCAUUCGGCUGUACAGCCUGAAGGCAGCCAUCAACUACUCGGCCGGCCAUCCAGGCUGCUUGCUGAGGAAAACGGCAUACAACGACAUGUGCUACUUGUGUGAGAAGUACGCCCCGAUCGACGGGAUCGACAAAUACAAUCCUCAGCUUGAUCCUGAAUAG